GGGAGCGCACAGCGCCCCGGCUGCGUCUCUUUCUCUCGCCCUGCACACUCUCCCCAGGUGCUCGGAUUAUAGUCAGAACCCCCCCCCCCCGCCCCCCUCCGAGCUCAGGAGCAGGGAAAGACCGCCGGUGGAAGAAAUUAGGGAUCGCUCAAGAAUUUAGGAGUCUUUUGUUCCUCCCAAAGCUUUUGAUGUGGUUGAUCCGUUCCGCCGCCCCUCAUCUUCAAGGAAAGACUUGGAAUGAAAUGACUUGAUGUGAGAGAAGAAGGAGGGAAAAAAGGGGAAAAGAGGAAAAGCUUUUGCAGAACAAACGUGGUGCAAAUGGGGACACGUCGUUUGGAAUUGAGCAACUGAGGACUUCCCCGAGAAAAGAGGCGCGUAAGGAGCAGGAGGGGACUUCGCGGUCCCGCAGGACGAGACGCCGAAUCCAGACAUCUACAACCCUCCAGGCCUCCGUGUCCACUCUGUCCUCUCUGUCCCGUCCGCACUGAAGCUCAGCCAUGCAGGUGUCCAUCGCUUGCACGGACCACAACCUGAAGAGGGGCAAUGGGGACCACAGCAAGCAGAGCGCCAGCAGCCCCAACGUUGUGAACCAAGCGCGCGCCAAGUUCCGCACCGUGGCCAUCAUCGCGCGCAGCUUCGGCUCCUUCGCUCCACGGCACAUCUCCCUGAAGGAGUCCACGGGGAAGCACACGGGCAUGAAGUACAGGAACCUUGGGAAGUCAGGACUCAGAGUGUCUUGCUUAGGGCUCGGUACAUGGGUGACGUUUGGGGGACAGAUAACAGAUGAGGUUGCAGAGCAGCUGAUGACCAUUGCCUACGAGAAUGGAGUCAACCUGUUUGACACAGCUGAGGUCUACGCAGGCGGCAGAGCCGAAGUCAUUCUAGGAAACAUUAUCAAGAAGAAAUGCUGGAGGCGGUCCAGUAUUGUCAUUACAACUAAACUCUACUGGGGAGGAAAAGCAGAGACAGAAAGAGGACUCUCCAGGAAACACAUUAUUGAAGGUCUAAAAGGCUCUCUACAAAGGAUGCAGUUGGAGUACGUGGAUGUAGUUUUCGCCAACCGCCCUGACAGCAACACUCCCAUGGAGGAGAUCGUUCGGGCCAUGACGUACGUGAUCAACCAAGGAAUGGCGAUGUACUGGGGGACGUCUCGAUGGACCGCCAUGGAGAUCAUGGAGGCCUAUUCAGUUGCCAGACAGUUUAAUCUGAUCCCCCCUGUGUGCGAGCAGGCAGAGUAUCAUCUCUUCCAGAGGGAGAAAGUAGAAGUGCAAUUACCUGAACUUUACCACAAGAUAGGAGUUGGAGCGAUGACGUGGUCACCGUUGGCAUGCGGUAUCAUCUCAGGAAAAUAUGAAAAUGGCAUUCCUGAAUCUUCUAGGGCUUCCAUGAAGUCAUAUCAAUGGCUGAAGGAGAAAAUAGUGAGCGAGGAUGGAAGGAAGCAACAAGCCAAGCUGAAAGAGCUCAACCACAUCGCAGAGAAGCUGGGCUGCACGCUGCCUCAGCUGGCCGUGGCGUGGUGUCUUAGGAAUGAAGGAGUGAGCUCAGUUCUUCUGGGAACAUCCAACCCUGAGCAGCUCACUGAGAACCUCGGGGCCAUACAGGUCCUUCCUAAGAUGACGUCACAGGUGGUGUCUGAAGUCGACCACAUCUUGGGCAACAGACCGUACAGUAAGAAGGACUACCGCUCUUAAGGCCGUUGGCCUUCCUGCUCGGCGACCUACUGAAGCAUAGCGUUUCCUCGGACCUACCCUUCGAUGUUUUAAGUCCGCGGUUCUCUCCUUGGGCCCCACUCGGCUACGCAACCCCCCCCCCCUCCCCCCUUCAGCCUGGAACAGACAGUCUCGCUGAGUCCGGCGUUGUCCUGCUCAGAUCGGGUUCAUCUCAGGUCCAGCCGAGAGACGCUUAACAAACUCAGCUUUUUGCAGCCUCAAAACGCUUUGAAAAAAAGUUCAUCAAAGUGAGAGAGAAACCCCCCCCCCCCCCGCAACUAAGGCGUUAUCUUUCAAGGCCGUUGCAUUUAAAUAUAUCUAUGCAGAGCUUAAUCUUACCCAAACCCAUCUAGAGCACCACAUUUCAGUUCAACCCCCUCCACAGGUCUCAUUAAGACAUUUACCAAUGAGGAGGCAAAGGCAUACAACAACAGCUUCUAAACACACACACACACACAUUUUACACAUUCACGUUUUGGGGUUUGAGAAGGACAGUAUCAUGAGGAUGUACUAUUUCAAGUGAGUGUCUUGCUCAAGGGCACCUUCAUGGUAGUUGUUGAGUCAAAGCUUUUAUUCACGAGAAAUACUUUACCAACAAAACAGAAGGCGUUAACACACAUUAGAGGUGGCUUGGGAGAUGAAGAUGCUUUUGUUGCAACACCAGCCAAAUCAGCCAGUGUUUUCCUUCAAUGGACCAGUAGUCCAGCGUCAGAAUCAACAUCAACAUUUCAUGAAAUGUGAGGAGAACGAUGACAGUCAUCGUACCUCUUUAAAAGAUCUUUGUGAAUGAGGGCCUCAGCAAACCAGUCCCCUGUUAGCUUGAAUUACCUUCAAACUACUUAUCAAAUGUACUAAUAUUUAGCAUAGCACAGCAAUAGUAAACAGUAGAAAUGCUGCAAAUCCUGAGUAUGUUGUCCAACUGAUGCAUGUUCCUCCUGCUGAUGUGUGGCCCUCGUUACUUUUCUACAAAGCACAUGAUGAGAUAGAAAGGAGCUUUGCGCCGGUGAAGGAUCAUGGAGCAUCAGUGGGCCCCUGUUAGUGGAGAGAGGGAAGCAUGUUGCCCCCCUGUGGUGUCCUUUGGGAACUGCGGCUCAGCUCCAGUAGUUCGUAGAGAAGAAGAUAUGAAGUGGACAUGGUUCCUCUCCGUUUGCAUUCACGAUGGAGACAUUUGACUCCCUUUGUUGCCUGUGAACUGAUCCCAAAAUGCCUCAGAAACGUAGCAGAGAAGGAGUUCUAGCAAACCCAUCUUAUGAAAGAAUGACCGACCUUCUGGCUGGUCAUGAUCAUAAUAACUUCUAGAAUUGCUUGAUAACGGCAUAAAGAGACGUUUUUUGAAUGUGGCAAAGAUAAAAGUAUUUAUUCUAGAGUAGUUAACAUAUAGAAAUUUAUUUUGACAUUUUUAGAUAUUUUUUGGAGAUCUGUGGGGAUGUUUCAUGUACAUAAAAUCCAAUGGAAUACUUUGUAACAUAAGCAAAACCAGGAAGAAUCCUCUCAUGCAUAUGAGGACUUUACAGUACUGUAUGGCUACAUAACGACAUAGAUAUGAUGUAAAUAGUUACAUUGCUGCUCCUCAGUGCACAGGAUGCAUUGUUUAAGUCACAUCGUCACAGAACAUAUUUCUGGGUCCCGAAAGAUAUUUCAGAGGUUUUUAGGACUAACUUCUUUGUUUUUGCAUCACAAAGUUAGAUUUGGAAAAUUCUGUAUUAAUUACAUUAUUUUAAGAAGAAAGUAAAAUUCUGUUGAAUGCUGUCUGACUCGGUGGCUCAGCUCUCACAGCUCAUGUCGCCUUCAUGGCGUUGUAGCAGUGAGCAGGUGUUUGGCCCGUUGGUAUACUGUAAGAAGCGUGGCCCUGGUUAAUGAACACACUUUCUUUUGAAUAUUUGCAUUGUAUUGUUUGCAUUGGUACACAAAAAGAAGGAUGAGCCGACCUCAUCGUCGUAAACCCAACGACCAGCAAUUUAAAAACAGCAAAAAUCCAGAAAAGCAUUUUUAAUGGACCUGACUCUCUGGUUGAUAAUGUAAAAUAGUAAUUAGUAAACGUAUUGUGUGCACUCGUGUGUCUGUUUAGUUUGGUUACAAGUCAACAAGCUGCCUUGAAUGCGUUUGAAUCAGUGACCAUGUUGGACCUCGCGGCCUGCCGGUGUGUGUGUGUGGAGUCCCAGCAAGACAAAAUCAGGGAUGUCUUCCAUUACAAGUUGUUAAAACGCCUUCCGGCUGCCCAAACAAAGUGAGAAUAGAGCAUAGACUCCUGUAUUAUCAGAUUGCCUAAUCUACACUCAGGUGGUAGGAGGUUUCUGUGUGUUUGCAGCCAGCUCGUAAGCAGGUGCAGCUCUUUCUAGUUCACAGGUCUUUGAAUGCGGCGGCUUUGUCCUGCUGAGGCUCCAUGAAACAAAGCGGCAGCAGAUGGCGACCAACUGGCCUCUUACAUCGACGUGUAUUCAGACACAACCGCAAAAACGACAAAGAGCGCCCCCCGAGGCGGCAGCUGUGUGUAGAACGCAGCCGCUUUGAAACAACUGGAAAGUUUUAACCACUUAGUUCCCUCUCUUCAUUCUCUGUUGCUGCUGCUUAGUGUACCUUUAAAAUAAACCUUAAAGGCUUCUAGAAGAGUCAAUCCUUGUCCGGUCUUUACUGGCUCAGAGGGAAACAAGCAAUUCAACAGUCAUUUGGGGGUUAAUGAAAUGUAAUAUAAAUUGAUGUAGGGAAACUGACUUUUUUCAGACGUGCUUGCGCAGGUCUCGUGGUCAAAAUGGCACAAAGCAAAAAACAUUCAAGCUGUGGCUGAACUCUGAGCUGCGACUCACAUGACAAGUCCUGCAAUGUGGCACAAUCUUUCACCAAAGAUUUACUUCUCUGGUUUGGAGACAACCAAUUCCCCAAUAAAAUGGAAAAGAAUCUGUUCUGCAUAUCACAUUUUUCAACAGCAUAUUACCUUUUGUGGAUAAAACUUGACAUUGAGUUUGGGUGUUAAUUCAUGUGUAUCAUUUUCUUUUUUUUCUGUAUAUAGUCUAUAAUAAAAGUGAUUAUAAAUUAAAUGCAUUA